AUGCAGCCCUCCUACAUCUUUGCUUUGUUGUGCGCCACUUUCUCUACUGUCGUCGCGGAGAGAUUCCAAGCGUUCGGAUCUACUGAUUGCACCGGCGUAGCAAAGACCGACGUUACUAUCAGCGCCUUCGACUGUCGCGUCCUGUCACAGCCGGGAUCCUUCUUCGCACAGGCACUCCCUGGAAACUGCGGUUGGUUUGCCUUCUCGGGAACCGAUUGUGGAAAAGGAGAAGGUUUCGGUUCCUUUAAGGAGGGUGUCUGCUCCACCGAGACAACAUCAGGAGGCGCCGCCAGCAACGUGCAGAGUGUUAUGAUGAAGUGCACUUGA